AUGGCUUCUCAACCCCAUCAAAAGGAGGUGCCUCACAACAACCAUGUGGACUACGUCAUCCGCUACAGCUUUUAUGAUACGGAUGUCAAUAAAGCGUCCCAGCAGUUUGAAUUGCUCCUCCGUCGACUCUCUGAGGUAGGAUUGCAGACGGAAGUGAGAGAGGGCGAUGAAUCGUCGGUGCUGGUCUUUGUCCGGGCCUCGAGGAAAAAGAAGUUGCAACGCGCUGUUUAUCAGUCACGGUAUGGAUACCACGCGCCGUUUCCUUCCGUGAUUAUCCGCGACUGGCUUUAUGGCGUCCGCAAUACCGAGCCCGAACCCGAGUCCUCUGCCGAGCCGCAAUCGGAAUCCGAGCGCUUGCGUGUCAUCCACCAUAUGAUCACUGUGCCCCGGGAAGCUGGUGGCGCUGGGAUUACCCUGAAACAUGGGGAGUGGGAGAACGUGAUUGCCAUCUUCCCGCUGCAUGACGAAGAGACCAAUAAGCAAUGCAUGAGGGACUGGAGCAAGAAGACAUUUUUGUCCAACGAAGACCUCGACCAGAUACGGAACACAUUCGGAGAAAGUCUCUCGCAGGUUGGGUUCUACUUCGCGUUCUUGCAGUCGUAUUUCAGGUUUCUCAUGUUUCCCGCCAUUUUUGGCUUCUCAUGCUGGCUAUUGCUGGGGUCUUUUUCUGUAAUCUACACUGUAGGAAAUGCCCUGUGGUGUAUUGUUUUCAUCGAGUACUGGAAGCACCAGGAAGAGGAUCUCAGCUGCCGAUGGCAGUCUAAGGGUGUCUCAGUUUUGCGCGAGAAAAGACGGGAAUUCAAACCUGAAAGGGAAAUCCGGGAUGAGACAACGGGCGAAAUUCGAGGUGUAUAUCCCGCGACCAAGCGGCUGCAGACACAGCUGCUCCAGGUGCCAUUUGCACUUGUUGCCGCCGUUGCCUUGGGUGUUAUCAUUGCGACAUGUUUCGCCAUUGAGAUAUUCAUCUCCGAGAUAUACAACGGACCGUUGAAGACAUACCUGGUCUUCAUACCUACCAUCUUGCUCUCUGCUUUAAUUCCAACUAUGAGUACCGUCCUUGUGUCAGUGGCGACUAGGCUGAAUGACUACGAGAACUAUGAGACUCAGGGCGCGUACGAUGUAGCAUUGACGCAGAAGAUUUUUGUGAUCAAUUUCAUCACCUCAUACUUACCUGUUUUCCUGACAGCGUUUGUGUAUGUCCCCUUCGCUCAUAGUAUUGUGCCGUAUCUCGAUAUCUUUCACUUGACUGUUCGUCCAUUCGUUUCGAAAAAAGAUGCGAUAACAACACGUGCCGAAUUCAGCAUCGAUCCGGGUCGUCUAAAGAAGCAGGUCAUCUACUUCACAGUGACCGCCCAGGCCGUUAAUUUCGCCCAGGAAACGAUAGUUCCGAUGCUGAAGCAGCGCGGCCUCCAGAAAUACAAGGAAUACAAGAAGCGGACCGGGAAAGUGGAACCGGAUAGCAACACGGAUGAAAAAAAGGCGCCCGAGGUUUCGUUUGAGGAUGCCCCCGAGGAAGCCCAGUUCCUCAAGCGGGUACGUAAUGAAGCUGAGAUGGAAGACUAUGACGUGACCGAUGAUCUCCGGGAGAUGUGCAUCCAAUUUGGAUACCUGGCACUGUUUUCUCCGGUCUGGCCAUUGGUACCGGUCUCGUUCUUGAUCAACAAUUGGGUUGAACUGCGGUCCGACUUUUUUAAAAUCUGUAUGGAAUGCAAACGGCCAUCACCUCAACGUGCAGAUACCAUUGGCCCUUGGCUGGACAGUCUAGGGUUCUUGUCCUGGGUUGGAAGUAUUACAAGCGCGGCUCUUGUCUACAUGUUCAGCAACGGCCACGAAGGACCGAACGGACAACCAACAUCCAUCAAGGGAUGGGCACUGUUGCUCACGAUAUUUUUCUGCGAGCACAUUUACCUGCUAGUACGCUACGCCGUGCGAGCCACUAUCGCCAAGAUGGAACCCCCCAAUGUACGUCAGGAACGGGCAGAGCGCUAUUUGCUGCGGAAACGAUUUCUCGAGUCGACUCUGCAAUCCAGGAGUAGUGAUGAUGAAACCGAUGAAGAAACCACGCCUUACCCUUUCCGGAGCCUCCGAAAUGCGUCGUGA